AAACUCUCCUAAUCUGGCAUGAUACGGAUUAGAUAUGGGUGAAACUUGAAUUUUUCCUCUAUCACUGAUGCUUUUGGGGGAUCAGGGUGACGAAUCAAGCUAGUAUUUAUAGAGUCCCAAGUCAGAUAUAUCAUCACACUUCUUCUGUGGAGAAUCAUCAGCUUGUUCGCCUCUAGAAGCUCUACUACUUCCUCAAGAUGACUUCGAAACUAUUCUUCGUUGUUGCUGCCUUGGCACUAGCAGUACUCCUGCCAGCACGGGAGAGUGAUGCCCAGCUACUCCCCUACUCUUACUCAUCUCCAGAUGCAUAUUAUGGUGCUGAUGGAUAUGGUGCACCCGCAUAUCCUGUUUAUGGUGCUGCACCCACAUAUGGAUAUGGAUAUACUGCACCCGCAAAUGGAUAUGGAUAUCCUUCACCCGGAUAUGGAUAUACUGUGGAGAGAGGAGUUCAAUGCAAAUCUUAUCAAAGAUAUUAUCCAAAUUAUUCUUAUGGAUAUGGGUAUGGAUAUCCAGCAUAUGGAUAUGGGUAUGGAUAUCCAGCAUAUGGAUAUGGAUAUGGAAAUUCACCAUACGGAUAUGGAAAUCCAGCUUAUGCAAAUCCAGGAUAUGGAUAUCAAGCUUAUCCAGCUUAUGCAGGAUAUGCUGGAAAUCCAGCAGGAUAUGGAUUUGCAGCUUAGGCAAAUCCAGGAAUUAGAUAUGGGUAUGCAAAUGGUAUUGGAUAUCCAGUAAAUGAAUAUUAGCAACCAUUUGCUCCUGCAUAUUAAGUAGCCAUUGAAGAUUUCAUUAAUUUAGCUUAAAAAUUAUUAUCCACAGAUUCUGAAUAUCAUCAUUCAUUGUGGUAGUUCUCCUGUUGUAACUCAAUUAAUAUGAUCUGUCAUCAAUAUAAUAACUGCUGGAAAGUA